AUGUCGGACCAGAAGGACGUCAAUAAGGAGGUCACCAGACUGUGGAGAGCAUGGAGGACAGCCCACGAGAUGGCUGCGGACCGCGGCUAUGAACUCGCCGAGGACGAACUCACAAUCUCUCUCGACCGCUUCAAGAUGGAGUACACCAGCGCCGACGGCAGCGUCAACCGUGGCAAGCUCCAGUUCUCCGCGAACCCCUCCGCCGACAUGAUCCGCAAAUUCACACCCCCCCCGACGCCCAACAACCCGAACCCGACGCCCGACUGCGGCACCCUCUGGGUCGAGUUCCUCGCCGACACGACGUUCGGCAUCAAGGAGAUCAAGAAGUUCAUCCACCACCUCAUCAGCAACAAGUACUCGUCCGGCAUCAUGGUCACCCACGUGCCCCUCUCCCCCGCCGCCCGCAAGAUGCUCGUCACCAUCGAGUCCUUUGCCAAGGUCGAGUGCUUCCUCGAGGACGACCUGCUCGUCAACAUCACCCAGCACGAGCUCGUGCCCAAGCACAUCCUCCUCAGCCGCGAGGAGAAGAUUGCCCUCCUCAAGCGCUACCGCCUCAAGGAGACGCAGCUGCCGCGCAUCUUGCAAAAGGAUCCCGUCGCAAAGUACCUCGGCCUCAAGCGCGGGCACGUCGUCAAGAUCAUCCGCACCUCGGAGACGGCCGGCCGUUACGCCAGUUACAGAUUGUGCGUGUAA